AUGAGUGAAUCCAAAGCCGCAAAGGCUGCUGCAAAGGCCGCUGCAAAGGUAUUGCGCCAAUCUAAUAAUGAGUGGAGCAACAAAUACUUUGCCAUUGCUGUCGGCUCAAUAAUGUGUCUUUUUGCUGUAUACCACUGGUUAAGCGUGAUUCACUUUCAUUAUGGCCCAAGGAAGAGUCAUCCUGCCUUGUCUCGGAAGUAUAGACAAGCUCGACGCUUUCUUGCCAGCUCAGUCAUGGGAUUAAGAACAGAUCGGUCUAUUCUUUAUAUCAUCUAUUGGGCUAUCAAUUUGAUCCUGGCCGUGACCAAUGUUGACCUUACCGAGCUUUCAUAUGUUGGUAAACGAUUUGGCUGGAUUUCCGUCGCAAAUCUGGUGCUGUUGGUCUUCUUGGCCUUAAAGAACACCCCUCUCGCAAUCUUGACCGCGAAAUCCUAUGAGAAGCUUCGUCCACUUCACAAGGUUGCCGGCUACACCUGUAUCUUCACGAGUGUCCUGCAUGCUAUAGUGUACCUAUCUGCGUGGUCAGAGACUGGAAAGCUCGAGAAAAUGCAACUGAGAAAGAAUUAUUCUGGUGCCAUUGCAGGUUUUUCCAUGGUCAUCAUUGGCUUUUCAACCAUCACCUACUUCAUGCGAGGACAUUAUGAACUCUUCUACAUGCUGCACCUCUCCAUGUUCAUCUUGAUUAUGAUAACGGUGGGGAUGCACCGUCCGGAAUUCUCAAGUCACACUGUGAUUAUCAUUAUCUUCACUGCUUGUCUUUGGGUCAUGGAUCGCCUCAUUCGAGGCGCAAAGAUAGUGUGGAACUUCUUUGGGAAUCAUGCUACUGUGACAGCCUUACCUGACGAUGCUCUUCGAGUAAAGCUCAGUCGCCGCAUGUACUCCAGUCCCGGUUCCCAUGCCUUCUUAUGGGUUCCUGCCAUCCGUUGGGUCGAAAGCCAUCCGUUCACUCUACUUUCUUCGACCCCUUCGGAGUUUGUCAUUAGAGUAUAUGACGGCUUUACGCGGGAUUUGCAUAAAACUGCUCAGCAGGCGCCGGGCAUGUCUCUACGCUGCUCUGUGGAUGGCCCCUAUGGCCAAGUCCCCAACUUUAAGAAGUUUGAUAAGGUCAUUCUUAUCGCCGGUGGCAGCGGUGCUAGCUUCACAUUUGCGGUUGCGCUGGAUCUGAUCGAGUCAACUACUAAAGUGGUCAAGUCUAUUGAUUUCAUCUGGGUAGUAAGAAACUACGAGAGCCUCGAAUGGUUUGCUCAAGAGCUGAAGCAACUUGAGUCUCACCCGGAAGUGAAUCUGAUCAUUCACAUCACUCGCCCGACCGAUAUUACCGGACUAUCAUCCCCUACCUCCACAGGCUCAGUCUCAGAAAAGGUUUCUGUGAAUGGAGAUGUAGCUUCAGCGGAGCCUUCUUUAACUGUUUCAGCCAAUGACCUUGAGAAGAGCGCUUUGCAAACGUUUACGCCCAAGCUACCUUCGGUUAAUGAGAUCCGAUCCGGGCGCCCUGAUAUUGGCAAUCUCAUCGAAGCCGCUGCCACUUCAGGUGGCAACUUAGACGAUCGUGUCAUUGUUGGUGCUUGUGGACCUAGCGACCUUAUGAGUACGAUACGCAAUGCCGUUAACAAUGAUAUUCGUGAUGACGGGGUAUCGAUAACGCUUUACACUGAGGAAUUCGAAUGGUGA